AAAAUGUCCAGACGGUGGCAGUCCUGCGACAGCAUCUCGACGACACGGGCAGGUUAAUUCCGUUCAACUGGAUCCUUCUGUUGCGUUGGAGUAGUAAAAAUCUGCCACACCUCAACAGAACUACCGUGUGAAGCUUAAGCUUUCUAAAUACUGUAAUAGCUUUGACCUACAUUUAAUAUCUAACCAGUGAUAAUUGUUUUGUGUGUCGGGCGAUCCCGUUUUGAUAGAAUCGGUCUUAGAACAGACUCGAAAAGGUUAUGCGAAUGAGUAUGUGUGUGUACAUUUGAAUAUAUGUGUGUUGUGUGUGCUCAAAGUCUCAAAGAAAAAGACGUGUAAUCGCAUACGGAAAACCGUGUCAAGCUAGAAUUGACUAACGAUGCUUCUGACCCAGAUGCGGCACUGGUGACAUAGUGAGACGAAAUUCUUCAUUAAGAAGCAUUUUGUUGUUCGCGAUUGAGAACAGCUUUGCGGUGAAGCUUUCAAUUUAACCUUAACGACUGAUUGCUUAGACAUUCUUUACGGAAAAGUUAAGAACGAGAAAUUUAAGUGCAGUGGAAGUUGUACUAACCAAUUCAAACGAGAGCAGUAAGACUAUUCUCAACACAAAAUGGAUGUAAGGGAUAACUUCACCGACUUUACGCUGGCGUCCAACUACAUCAUGCAGUUAGCGAUCGAUGAAUAUCAGGCGGAUCGCAAUUGGACGCGACUGAUCGACAGAUAUUGGAAUCUUGUUGAAGACCUGCUAGGAGAUCCGCGUGCGAAGCAUCUCCCAUUCAUGGACAACCCACUGCCGACGCUUGGGAUGGUGCUGACCUACCUCGCCUGGGUGUUGAUCAUUGGACCGACCUACAUGCGCGACCGGAAACCGAUGCAGCUAACAAACACACUCUUCUACUACAACCUCGGACAGGUCCUGCUGAGCGCAUACAUGUUCUACGAGCACCUGAUGGCGGGAUGGGCCCGAGGAUACAGCUUAAUAUGCCAACCGGUCGACUACAGUGAUGAUCAUCUGUCGCGUCGGAUGUUUAACCUCUGCUACAUCUACUACCUCUCGAAGCUGUCGGAAUUUGCCGAUACGGUGUUCUUUGUGCUGCGCAAGAAGAAGUCACAAAUUUCAUACCUCCAUCUUUACCAUCACUCGCUCACUCCGAUCGAGGCUUGGAUUCUAACCAAGUUCCUCGCAGGUGGUAAUACAACGCUUCCCAACAUUAUCAACAACUUUGUCCACACGCUGAUGUAUCUGUACUACAUGCUGUCGUCGAUGGGUCCACGCUAUCAAAAAUAUCUUUUCUGGAAACAGUUUUUGACCGAGAUACAGAUUGCCCAAUUCAUCAUCUGCAUCGGGCAUGCAAUUAACGCCCUGUUUACGGAUUGUGCCUACCCAAAGUUUAUCACCUUCUUGCUGCUCUGCAACGCAAGCAUAUUCUUCGUGCUGUUCAUGAAUUUCUAUCUAGAAAAUUACCGAAAAAAGGCCACUGUGAAGGCGGUGCAAGAAGCGGCCUCUAUAACAGCCUCCGGACAGCACCAACAAACGGUAUCAACCGAGACGCCCAAGAAGCAACAAUGACUUUCCCUAUUCGAAAGACUGAAUACGGAUAUCAAGUGAUUUUUGUACAUAGCACUACCUAUCUGUUGAGUGAUUAUUGUGAUACGAAAUUCUAAGGGAUGGAUGAAAGAAAACAUAACCAGUUACCAAUAUAGUAGAUUCAUAGUUCUUUCUUCUCUACUAACAAUGAAUGAUUCUACCAAAAAUAUAUCAUCCAAAACCAUUCCUAAAUGAAACGGUUGAAUCAAUCAAAUGUAAAUAGUUUCAAAAUUCUGUUUAACCAAAUUAAACAUGAUUAUUGAAGCUGAUAUUCACUUUUGGAAAGCAACAUAGAAAUAGGAAUCAACUCGUUGUACGUCAAAUAAAAAUAAAAAUAAUAAAAACUACGCAGUAAUAGCUCCGAA